CUCUGGCGUCGCCUCUUCGACGGCUUUUGUGCGCGCCAGCUGGGUUUGUGGUGGAGGGUAGGGUGGAAAGUCGCCGUUAGCGAGGCAUUGACCUUUGCUUGCCCCUUUCUUUUUUUCCCCCCGCCAUGACUUCACAACGGGGAGCGGGCAAUGAGGGCAUCAAGUUAUCAGCAGAGGUCAAACCAUUUGUCCCCAAGUUUGCAGCAGUAACAGUGGCAUGGUCAGAACCCGCAGAAGCGUGUGUCUUUCCUGGAUAUUAUACUACAUGCUACCCAUAUGUUCAGGAGCCAUCAAUGAAUAAACAACAGCUAUAUGUUGAAGAAGUAUCAUGGGACACCUCCACCUGUCUUUCUCAGCGUGCAUCUCAAAAUCUUACAGGACGUGCUUCUCUUGAAGAGUACACCAAUUCUCCUUAUUCUCUUACUGCCACACCAAAUACACGUGCAGUUUCCAGCUUCCAAAGUCAGAACAGUUCUACUAAACCGGGUAGAGAGUACAUGAAACAGGCUUCUUUCAUCAGAAAAGAAGGUGCUUGUUUUCCCAGGAGACGACUGGAAAAUAAUGAAACCAGACUGGAGAAUAAAAGGCCUAAUGGAAGUGAUUUUACCUGGAGAUCAACAGACAAUGCAUCUUAUAUUGCUCUGCAUAGCAGAAAUCCUAUUAAAUCUGGUACACUGACUCACAUGAUUGAAAAAAAAGAGGCCAGAAUACACAAUAGGCCUAUUAAAGUUAUGAAUGGGAAGUUCAAGCAAAUUCCAAACGCUGAGCAUCUUCCAGAACCUGCCUUUGAAAUGACCUUGUCAGAUUUCCCAAAACUCCAAGACCUAGAAAGUAACAAUCUCCUGGAUCUUCAAAAGCAUGCAUGGGGGCCAGUGGGCUCAGCAGAAGGAGAUAAGCUGCCUCUGACACCACCAGGAAAACUUGCAAUUUCAAACAUAACCAAAGAGGUUGAAGUAUGUCGGAAAAAUUAUUUCCCUACAAGACCCUUAAGUUCUUCAUCAGAUCCUGGUGUUCCUCAGGUGCAUUCAGACCUUUUCACUGAACCACCCUUGUCUUGGGCCACUGUGUUGUCACAAACUCGUAAAAAAGUUGUUUCAGUUCCAGCUUCAAUUUUGGCGAGCAAUCAUUCUGGAAAUAAUAAAACAGAUAAUGCUCCUGAGGAUUACAAGCAAUCAGAAACAAGAGAAAAUGCAAAUGAUCUUGAAGAAACAGUAGAUCAGAAGAAAAAGAAGAAGAAGAAGAAGAAAAAGAAAACCAGAUCAUGCAGUGAAGUAGAGAAACUUCCUACCCAGAGCAUUUUAGUUCAAGAACCUCCAAGAAUUGAGGAUGUUGAAGAAUUCCCAGAUUUAGCAGCUGCUUUUGACAGAAAACAUAAACAGGCAACUGAAAAUACUACUUGUAUAACACCUAUUAUUGAGAAGACUAAUGUAAUCACAGAGCUCUCUAGAUUGGAGUCUCAUGAUCAUUCUCUAAAGGAAUUAAUAAUACCUAUGUCAGAUAUAUUAUCAACAAGAAAAAAAGGCAAACAGGAUUCACCAGCUCCAAUAGAAAAAAGGAAAAUGCAGGAUGCUCUUCCAUCUAAGAAGAAUAGAAGAAAAAGUCAGAUUCCUGUGCAGCUUGAUUUAGGGGGUAUGCUGGCAGUUUUGGAAGAAAAACAGCAUGCAGAAAAAUUAAACCAAUCAUCUAAACCUGUGGUGCUUUCAGUGGGUGGUGGAGUAACAUUGCCCUCUAAGGAAUCUGUCAGAGUAACAAAAAUUUCGCAGUCAAUUCAGAACAAUACUCCACACAAUCCCUUGGACUCUAGUUCUCCAUUGGUCAAGAAAGGGAAGCAGAGAGAAGUCCCAAAGCCAAAGAAGCCAACAUCACUAAAAAAGAUUAUUUUAAAGGAGAGAGAACAGCGAAAACAGCAGCACAUUUUGGAACAAAUGGCUACACCAAAGAAAGCUGAUGCUGUUGAGCAGAGUGCAGAAUCUGUUCCUGAUGAGGAGCAACAUUGUAAAGCCUCCAAAGAAGUUGCAGAGUGCAUCAGCAGGCAAUCAGCUCCAGAAGUUGUAAAAGAAGUUGCAGGAAUUCUGACUGAGAGUAAUUCAGAAGUGGACUUGAGAUGUACAGAAUUCAGUGGCUCCGUGCAAAACUCCAUUGCUCCAUCGGAGUUGAAACCCAGCUUUCCCAAAAUCCAUAGCCGAAGAUUUAGAGACUACUGUACUCAAGUGCUUAGUAAAGAGGUUGACAGCUGCGUUACAGAUCUCCUAAAAGAGUUGCUUCGUUUCCAAGACCGCCUGUAUCAGAAAGACCCCGUGAAGGCCAAGUCAAAACGCAGACUCGUUAUGGGACUCAGAGAAGUGUUGAAACACCUGAAGCUGAAGAAGCUGAAAUGUGUCAUCAUUUCUCCAAAUUGUGAAAAAAUUCAGUCAAAAGGCGGGUUGGACGAGACUCUGCAUCUCAUAAUUGACACUGCAUGCGAACAGAAUAUUCCAUUUGUUUUUGCUCUCAAUCGCAAAGAUCUAGGGCACUGUAUGAACAAAUUUGUGCCCGUUAGUGUGGUGGGAAUAUUCAGCUACGAUGGUGCUCAGGACUACUUUCACAAAAUGGUGGAAUUGACAAUGGAAGCAAGGCUGGCCUACAAGGAGAUGAUUUCAGCUGUAGAGAAGGAAUCAAGUGAAGAAGUAAAACAAAGUGACUGUGCACUUCAAACCCAUCAGAAAGAGAAUUGUGAAUUAGAUGCUUCUAUAGUGCCCCUUCAAGAGUCUGAAGAGGAUGUCCCAAAUUACAUUAAGAUCUGGAAGCAAAAGCUUGAAGAGGAAUAUAAUCCUUACAUUCUGGAGCUGGAAAAACUGUCAACCGCUGACAUGUUGCCCUUGGGUGUUGAGGAGCCUCAGUAAAUCAAGACUACCUUCUUUGGCAUUAUUGACUUUUACUUUAUGUGUGUGUGUGUGUGUGUGUGUGAAUGUAUAUAGAUUUGUAAAUAGCGAAUUAUCUAAAUUUAAUUAUCUGUAAUAUAGGCUAUAAAACCCACAGUUGAAUUUCUGAGAUAAUUUAAUGCCAAAGAAUUUAGAGCUGUUAAAUAACUUCCCUUCGAGGGUAGAUUCAAUGAAAGUGCUUGGCUCAUCCAAAUGAAAUACAGAAUGAGUCAGGAAGUGAAUCUGGUUUGUUUAUAUUUUCAUAUAGCAAUACUGUAAAGAAAUCACCUUUAGCUUAAUGCCAGACUGUUAGUCUCUGCUCCAUAUAAGCACAGAGUCUCCAAUCACUGUUCUCAUAAUUUCCUAUAAUUAUAUCACUUAGUCUGGAUUGAUACAAAUGAACUGCAUUAUACUUGUAAGUGGUAUCUUUUUCUCUGUAUGAUAGAAUAUACAACUGUGCAUAAAAUAGUAAUAUGAGAUGAAAAAAGAGAAGGGAACACCACUGAUUUUCUCCCAGACAUUAUUGUAAAUAUAUGUAAAAUAUGCUAAUAUAUAAUGAUUCUAUUUGAUAUAUGCAAAUGAGCAAAACAGAAAUGCAAUACUGCCACCUGGUUUAUUUUGUGAUGGAGCAAUUUGGUGUUGGUCAUGGGUGUGUAAUUAAAAGAUGGUAGAAGCAAAGUGGAAUUAUUAAAUACAUAGAGAAUAAUCAUUAAUUUAUUGGUACUGUAUUUUCCUAUUCUGUCCCAUUAUAGAACUCCUGAAGGGCUGUGUACAGCCUUGGAACCUACAAAUAUAUUUAUUGCAAAUAUCCUGAAUGGGGUCCUCUCAACUGUCAACUAAACCUUCAACAGUUUAUUAAAUAUUGAUGGUAGAUCACAGUCAUGUGUGGCAUGGUGGCCUAGUGGUGAAGAUGCUCAUCUCCCAAUCCUAGGUAGCGGCAGAUAUUUCUCUCCUGGGGUGCAAAGAAAAAAAUAUCUGCUGUAAAUUUCACGUGGUGUUAGGGAGAGCAUCCAACCAGUAAAAUGCUCAGCUCCAUCACCCUGACUCUACCCCAGAUUAAGGGAUUACAGGUUUGUAAAAGGGAGCUUGGUGGUAGAUUAUAGUAAAUAGAUACAGAAAAGGUUCAGCGUAAGAUAGCUUACUUUUUGUAUACAAAGUAAUUUCUUUGUUAAUGGCUAUCUUUAGAAAGAUAGCAGGAUUCUGUUGUGCAGAAAGAGGGCAGCAGUGCAAGACAAGAAGCAGGCAAUGGGAAAUGACCGAGUUUACUAAGCAUUCUUUUCUACAGUUUUGUUCAUAUAUCCAGCAUAAAGGCACAGUUUAAUCUAGCAGAGAGAGAAAAUGUGAAGGGUCAUUGUGUGAGCAGCUGUCGAUUGCAUGAGGGGAGCUUUGUGUGUGUGCAUGUGCUCACCCGCCACUUGCGCAGCCCAGUUCCAAACAGGUCACACGGCAGCUGAGGACCCCUGUUCUAGGAUGUAAAAAAAAAAAAAAAUCCAGUCUUUUGUAGUACCUUUCCAGACCCCAAGUAAACUUAGAAGCCGGAGAGAGGUUAGCCUGAUCUAUCAGCAUAAUUUAUUUUUCUCCAACGGAGCCAGAGGUUUGGUUUUAACCAGCAGAAACAAUUGUGUGGGAGUUCGACACCCCUUGCUCAGAAGGUUUAGCCAUUUUUAUUUUUGCCAGAGGGAUAUGGAGGAGAAUUCCAUUUUGGACCAUUUUAUAAUAAGCUUUCCAAUAUUUCUGUGUCUCGAGACAACUGAAUAAUUGUACAGCUGUAAAACAACUUUGUUUGCAGUAUGCCUCUUAUAUUGCAAAAAAUGUUUGCACUAAAAUAACGUCAGGUAUUGAUGCUAUUACUGGGCAGUUUCAGAGAGAAAAUGCUGCUUUGCUUAUGUACUUUUGUGUGCCUUUUAAAAAGUGUGGAAAUUUUCACUGUAAUUUUCAUAACAUUCCAGUCAUACUUGCGAUUUACUAACCUAGGUGGAAUUUCCAAAUGCUGUUUGCUCCUUUAUUAGUGAUUACAUUCAAUAAGUACUGAUAAGGGAAUUCGGUUAAAGUUUUUAUAUCUUUAUCUGCAUAAAAUACAGAUAUAUAGGUGCUUGGUUCAACAAAAACUGAUAUAAUAAAAAUCUUUCUUUAUUAUCAAUGCAGGAUAUUGGGGCAAGUUGUCUUUUGCCAAGGAAUGCACUUAACAUUUUUUAAGUACAAUGGGUUUUUUCAUUGUUCAUCAAAUUUUGAAAACGUAUCUUUCUUACUUAAAAAGUUGUCAGGAUUUUAGUAAUAGUUUUAUGUUUUAAUGUUCCUGAAACUGCACCACUAAUUUUGAACAAUUGUGGUUGGAUGCAAAAAAAGAGAAUUGGAGGUAAUCUGUAAGCUACCUUGAUCUAUAAUAAAAUAUCUUAAAGUCA